GUACUUGGUCAAGAGUGGAGUUUCAGAGGAGGACGUCGUGAGGGAAGCGGCGUCUUCAGCUGUGUGCGGCUUGGCGUUUGGCCAGCCCGGCACCUGUGCCGGUCUGGUGCCCCGGGAGACGGUGAAGCUGGGCGCCGUGAUGCUGCCCGAGGGCAAGGUGGCGAGCAUCUUAGAGCAGAUGAAGCACCAGUGGCCAAGUCGUGGAUAUGACAUGCUGCGGCGCAACUGCAGUCACUUCUGCGACGACUUUUGCCAGAGAUUGGGUGUUGGCACCUUGCCGCAGUGGGUGAAGAAUAUGGCCAGCACCGGCGCAGGCAUUGCGUCAUUGUCCUCGCAGGUCUCUGGGACUUUGAAUAGUUUCUGGGCGGAGGAGGAGGCUCCUCCAUUGCGACCUGCGACGCAGAGGUUCUGCCCACGGAUUCAGAGUCGGCAGAUCGGAGAGGUUCUCCCUGAGAUCACACGUCUGCCGGGACAUGGCAUGCCACCCAUGCCGUUGAGGAAGGAGACGCAUGUCCUUCGUGGUGCGGGGGCUCGAUGGGGCGAUAUGUGGAGAAAGGUCAUCUAA